CCACUGCAGCAAAAACAGUGGGGACUCGGGCGCUGCGCCGGGGCGCAACCUUUGCCUCCUUUAAAGGGCGGAUUCCCAGUGUCCAGAAUGACUGAGCUGCCAGGAACACAGCAGUGAAAAGAUUUUUUCCUGGUCAAGUGGAAAACUCAAAUUACAGAGUCCAAGGAUGAAUAUUCAUCGAGCCAGUGAAGGCGACAGGUCAAUAUGCCAGGAAUCUAGCUACUUAGUGGAAAAUAUACCAGGUUCAUCCCAAGAAAAAGAAGAAAAUUGUCUGACAUCAUCCUGCUUGCAAAAUCCUAACCUUCCCGUAUGUCCCUGGAAUGAUGAUCUGUUACUCGAUUACGCCUCUCAGCCAGCCAAUCAUCAGUUCUCCAACGUCCCACCCUCUCCUGAAGACAUCAAGGGCACUAGCUUUCAGACUGGAAAUAAGAGGAGCCAUGAGCCCUUUACUGCCCCAGAACGAUUUGGAAAUAGCAGUUUGGGCUUCAGCUGUACGUCAUACCCCCACGCUCCAGAGAAGGUGACACUCCUUGUGGAUGGCACUCGUUUUGUGGUCAAUCCACAGAUAUUCACUGCUCAUCCGGACACCAUGUUGGGAAGGAUGUUUGGUCCAGGAAGAGAGUAUAACUUUACCCGGCCCAAUGAGAAAGGAGAGUUUGAGAUUGCCGAAGGGAUCAGUGCCACUGUGUUUCGAACAGUGCUGGAUUAUUACAAAACUGGGAUCAUUAACUGUCCUGAUGGAAUUUCCAUCCCUGACCUUAGAGACACCUGUGAUUAUCUCUGCAUUAACUUUGACUUCAACACCAUCAAGUGUCAAGAUCUGAGUGCUUUGCUGCAUGAACUCUCCAAUGAUGGAGCUCACAAGCAGUUUGAUCACUACCUCGAGGAGCUGAUCUUACCCAUCAUGGUGGGCAGUGCCAAGAAAGGAGAACGGGAGUGCCACAUCGUUGUGCUGACUGACGAGGACUCCGUAGACUGGGAUGAGGACCAUCCUCCACCCAUGGGGGAGGAAUAUUCUCAAAUUCUUUAUAGCUCCAAGCUCUACAGAUUCUUCAAAUACAUUGAGAACCGGGACGUUGCAAAAACCGUAUUGAAAGAACGGGGACUAAAAAAUAUCCGAAUUGGUAUUGAGGGCUAUCCCACUUGUAAGGAAAAAAUUAAGAGGAGACCAGGUGGCCGGUCAGAAGUCAUCUACAACUAUGUGCAACGUCCAUUUAUCCAGAUGUCUUGGGAAAAGGAGGAGGGAAAGAGCCGCCAUGUUGAUUUUCAAUGUGUCCGAAGCAAAUCCCUCACCAACCUAGUGGCAGCUGAGGAAGAUGUCUCUGAAGACCAGGAGAACCUGAUGCACCACCCUCCACAAGUGGAUGAACUUGAUCGACUAAAUGCUCCACUCUCCCAGAUGGCCCCUAAUGACUUCCCAGAUUAGGGCCAGCCAUUCAUCCAAGCACAUUCUAAGGUCCUUUUCUUCCUGGGAUGCACUCAAAGUUCGUCCCACCCUGAACACGAGACAUACACUCUCCCUAACCCUUCCCCCUGUCACCAAUAAUAUUAAGGUGUAUUCUUUGAAGCAAGCUGAUGCCCCUAAGAGGAAAUGAAUAAUGAGUACUGGCCACUGAAUCACCAGACAUUCUUUACUGACCCUGGGCACAUGGGAAGCUCCUCAGGAUUGGUGCUGUCCUGGAAUAACUUGAGAAAGCUGAAAAGGAAGUAAAAAAAAAAUCCCAUUUCCUCA